AUGCGCCGUAGAUCAGAGUUCUUCGGCGGGCGAUCUCAGCCGUUGGAUCUGGAGAUGCGGCAGGAGCUGGAGAGUGUGCUGGCGGCGGCCUAUCCCUGCCCCAUGGAGGAGCGCCUAGGGAUCUGGGCGGACGGGGGAAAGUGGAUAUGCAAUAUGAAGUCUUUCAUGCCGGAAAAACCAAUCGUCUACAGCAUAGGGUCUAAUGGGGAGUACACAUUUGAGAGGGACAUUGCUGCUCGCCUGCACACAUGCCCCUUCACCUUCGACCCGUUUCUUGAUCCUGCGAUGGAGCACACCAUGAUGCGCCUUCCCUUCCUGUCGUUUGAGGCCGUCGGAUUGGCGGCGAAAUCAACGGUGGAGCAGUGGAAGCGGGAGACCAAGGGGAAAGCGUUCAUGACUCUAGAACAGGUCAUGCGAAAGCACAACCACACGCAUAUAGACGUGUUCAAGAUCGACUGCGAGGGCUGCGAGGCGGUGGUGCUGUUUGACAUUCUGCCUGCUGUUGGCGUGCCAGAGGGCACUCGCCCUUUGCCAUUAGGAUCGCCUCCCAUAGGACAGCUGAUCAUUGAGUUCCACGAGUGA